UUAAGUCAGAAUAUAUAAGGAAAAAAUCAUGCAAUUUAUACUUCCUAUAUUCUAAAUUGCGAUAGAAUUCCAACUCCUUUGCAUCUUCGUCUGUUAGAGCUUACUGAAACGAAGAAAUGUAUAGAGUUAUUAUAAUGGCGUUGUUUUUGAACAAAGCGAUGGCGAUUGUUCAUCCUGUUUGUGAUUUUGCAUGCACUUCUGAAAUAAUGGAUUCAUGUCCUGUUUUGGAUUGCGGACCAAACGAAUCGCCGCAGCGUAAUCCUAACCAGUGCGGCUGCUGCAAUGAAUGCUUGCCCAAUAAACAAUCAGAUGAUUGCAAUAUUGACUGUUCAAAGAGACACAGUUGUCCACGGAUACCAGCAAAAUGUCCAGAUGGUGAGGAAUUGGUGACACCCAAAUGUAGUUGUUGUCCAAGUUGCCAGAAAAUUAAAGGUUGUCAAACUGAUUGUUCAGGAAGAUACAAUUGUCCCCGCAUACCAGCAAAAUGUCCACAUGGUGAGAAAUUGGUAACACCAAAAUGUAGCUGUUGUCCAAAGUGUGAGAAAGUUGAAGACUCAGACACGUGCGAAGAUUCUGAUUCAGAUGAAGAUUAAUAAUAUGUACCUGGAUAUUCAUAUGAAGUGUUACAUGUUUCUUCAACAUUCAAGAAUUUAUUGUAAAAUAAGACAUAUGUCUGCAUUUUGAGUGAUAAAAUAAAAAUGUAUAUGAUUUA